CCAUAUUUUCGUGCUAGUAACCACCAUAGAAAUAGGACUACGGUGAGUGGCUGCACUUAACUGGUGCCAUUGGUGAACUCAAGAUGGCGGCUCCGUUCGCAAGAAGCUGCUACAACUGUUGGCUUCCAGGUCAUUUCUCGAGAGAACGCCCACAUCCUCGAAGAGCACUGGCAACAGGAGCAAAUACAACACCUCUUUUUACGCAACCACCGGCCACGACUCCAGCGGCUUACGUUCCCCCGCCACCACCCCCUCCCCCUCCUCCAGUGCAGGCACCUACUCAGACGUACAAUCAGGGGGUAGGAGGGUAUCAGAGAACGGGCUAUUGGAGACAGACGCUGGAUAGAUGUGCAACAUUUGUAGAUAAUGCAGAAGAUGAAAAAGCGAAGAAGAAGGAGGAGGCGGAGAGAGAAAAAAGAAAGAAGGAACAACAGCGGGAGCGAGAGGAAUUUGAGGCUAGAGUUGGCGAAAGGUUGGAGAAUCGGUUGGCGAAGUUGUAUGGAGGUGUGAUACCUGCGGGAGGCAAUGCGUCGGUAUCAACGAUUGGCGAGACAAGUGGGCAACAAAAAGAGAAUGACGAAGUUGCGAGGCUCCGAAGGGAAAAUGAGGAAUUUCGUAGGAGGUUGGAUAAAGGAACUGUGAGUGAUGAGAACUUGGUUGAUAGGUUUUUGAGAGAGAAUGAAGAAUUGAGGCGUAAGAUCAAUGUCACACGGGAUCCGCUGGAGAAUGGAUUGAGUGUUUUGAUGAAUGAGAUGCAAGAGUUGCGCGCUGGCAGGGAUGCAGACAAGGAUUUGCUGAUCGGACUGAAGGUUGAGAUUAGUUCGCUGAGGAAACAAAAGGAGCAGUUGGUGGAAGAAACUCGGUUGUGGAUGAACGAAGCAUUGCGACCGGGCAACAAACGAGGAUGUAUUUCAAUUGCAACACCGGAGGUUGAUGAUCGCAAUCGAUUCAGAUUACGUAUGGUGGGAUCACCAACAGGCGCUCUUCGUGAAGAAUUGAGGAAGCUAAAGGACAUAAAGCAAUGCAAUCUGCGGGAGGUGGAAGCGCUAAAGCAAAGGAAGAUGGAUGCUGAGCAAAAGCGAGUAGAGGCGGAAGCAAGGAAAUUAGCAACGGAAGCGGAAGUGGCUAAAUUGAGAGAACAGGUUGAGAAGUUGACCACGGAGCCUGUGGUAGCACCUACUGACGGAACGAACCUGAAAGCAAGACUGGAUGCAGUGGCGGAAGGCCUGGGAAGUUGGCGGAAGGCCUGGGAAAUACCGUGGGCACUGAAGUUUGUGGAUUAUUUCUUGAGAUUGCGGGAAGUGACGGCUAAUUUGGUAGAUUGUGAGGGACCGUUGGUGUACUUGUUGAUCUCGCUGUGGGUAAAACAUGUCUAUGUUGAGGCCACGACAAGGUCGUUGGAGGUAAGAUGGAAGGAGGGGGGUGUAGUAGAAUCUGGAACUCGGAACGAGCGGUUGUAUAGAUGGGUUAGAAGAUGUGGAGCGGAAAGUUAUGUUGCACUUCCCUUGUUUCAAUGUGUAGAGGCCGAUUUGUUUGACCUCGAGCGAUUUGUGAUCAAACGUACGUGUCCGCAUCUGAAUAGUAGGGAACGACCUCGGAGAUAUCGAAAGAAGAGGGUGGGUAAGAGCGAGAGGCGGAAGAGGACAAGAAAUGGUUGUAGGGAUGGAUGUCGGGUGGGGGAUGGGAAGAAUACGCAUAUGACGUUUAAAGGUGAUAAUGGGCUCUUGUCGACUAACCUGCGUACAAGGUACACACUGAGGUGCAUUUUGUCCGGGGUAAUCAGGAGGAAGUUAGGAGUGAAUGUGAGGGAACGAUUGGUUGUGAAGGUUACCUUUGAUGAAACGCUGUGUAAGGUGGAAGUUCGAAGAUUGUGUGCUGAGUUGGUGAAGGGUCUUGAGCUGUCUGAGGCGUGGAAGCAGAUGUUGAUCCGUCGGAUGAGGGUGGUGUUUGGAAAGAAUCCGAGCGUGGGGGACAUGAUUUAUAAUUUUCGGCAGGCAGCGCGGCAAGAGAAGUUGGAAUGCUGCUGCGCGAGGGCUGAGGGGCAAUUUCCUACAGUGGGUGGACACGUUUGUUUUAGACUGAGUGAGGCAAGUUUUGUACCAGAAUGGAUUAAGAAUGCCAGAAACAUUCCAAGACCGGCGCAUCGACACUCGGCAAGCUCCCUGAAGAAGCAGCUUCAAUUUGUGUUUGAUCCCUUGUUGAAGUUCUGCAACACUACAAGAGAGGCGUUUGGGCGUGGAAUCUCCAAGCAGAUGGUUGAGAAGUGCUUCAGCAGCACGAAGAGUGAUGAUCAAGAGGGCUUUGACACGGCAGGAGUGGCCGAAUGGAGGGAACGGUUUGACGGGCUGGUUCGCUGCCCAAUAGAUCAUAAUCCGGGGGACUCAUUCGUGUGCUGUCCGACGGUGUAUUGGGAAGGAAUGAAGAAGAUGUUCCUAAGAAAUGCCGGUUUUGAGAUUUGUGAGAGAAAGGAACAGGAGUUGGAGAGGGACAAUGGUCAAAAAUAUCAGGAGUUGGGGUAUGAGAAAUUGGGGAGAUGGAAUCCGAAGGGCAAAUUGGGUAAAUGUUACGUAAUUCCGAAGCACAAGGACGUUCGGAAGUGGAGACCAAUCUGCCCUUCGUUUGAAGAAUGUGGGGUGAAAGCAAGCAAGCAAGUGGCUAGAGCGGUCAAUAGGAUGUUGUGGGAUCUGCCCUCAAGGAGUAACUUCAAUAUGAGAUCUACGGAGGAGCUAAUCGACAGAAUUGCGGUCGCAAACAUAGAAUUAAGGAAGGGCGAGGGUUUUGUUUCGGCAGCUUUUGACAUCAAAGAGAUGUUUUGCAACUUACCGCAUGAUGCUGUGAUCGAGGUUGUACGGUGGGUGAGCGACUUUUUGGUUCUGCAAGGAAGUAGUGGUGUGUUGAUACAGGAGAGAGGCAAAGGGGCAAAGAUGAGAAUGGGUAAGGGUCAGAUUGGAUGAAGGAGUAUUGCCUUUGAAGAUAUCAUACGAUUUGUGGAAUUUGAGUUGGAUUGCACUUACGUUA